UUUCUGAUUGAGGGCACACACACAAAUCAUGGAAACUAUGAAUUUUAUCCGAAGCCCAAAUUGGCGUUCUCUUGCCCACAAUAACCUCGGAGACUAUUGCAUUCCCAGACAACUGAGUGAUGCUGACUGACAGAGUUCUCUACCUCCUAUUCGAGGUGGACAGUUUGGUUUUUUUUCCUGUUUUGCUGAAUAAACGGCGUUACUUCCUCUUGGAGCUGCACAAGUCUGCAGUUCACUACAGGAUAUCUGGGUAGAGAGGCCUUUCUUUUUUCUCAUGCGUUCUUUAAAAAAGGAACGUAAAUAUUCAAGAUGGAAGGGAAUGGUACAGAAGUAAAAUGUAAUGAUCUUCACCUGGCAUUUCAGUAUCCCCUUUAUGCGAUCACGUAUAUUGUGAUCUUCAUCCCUGGCCUUCUGGCCAAUGGUGCUGGCCUCUGGGUCUUGUGCCGCUUCAUCAGCAAGAAGAACAAGGCCAUCAUCUUCAUGAUCAACCUGGCCAUUGCUGACUUUGCCCAUGUUCUGUCACUGCCAUUGCGGAUCUAUUACUACAUUAACCACCAGUGGCCUUUCCCAAGGUCCCUAUGCCUUUUCUGUUUUUAUCUGAAGUACCUGAACAUGUAUGCGAGUAUCUGUUUCCUGACAUGCAUUAGUCUUCAGAGGUGCUAUUUCCUCCUCAAGCCUUUCAAGGCUCGCCACUGGAAGCGCAGGUACGAUGUGGCCAUCAGUGCUAUCAUCUGGGUCACUGUUGGGGCUGCCUGCUUGCCUCUGCCUGCCAUGAGAAGUGCCAGCCUGGCCAACAACUCCAGUGAGAUCUGCUUUGCUGAUCUUGCAGUCCAGCACAUCAGCAUGACUACUUCCAUCGCCAUGAUCACUGUAGCUGAACUGGGAGGCUUUGUGAUCCCUAUUGGUGUCAUUACCUUUUGCACUUGGAAGAUGAUGAAAUCUUUACAGGACUACCAAAUGCCCCACAGCAACAACAACGAGAAAGACAAAGCCUUUCGGAUGGUCCUGAUAUGCGCCAUGGUCUUCUUCAUUUGUUUCACCCCAUACCAUAUCAACUUCCCAAUAUUCAUGAUGCUGAAGCAGGGUCUCUUUUCCAGCUGCUCCUUUAUGAAGAUCAUUCUGUGUUUCCACAUCAUUUCUUUGUGUAUUGCUAGUAUAAACUGUUGCCUCGACCCCCUGGUGUAUUAUUUUAUGACAGCUGAGUUUCGGGAUCAUUUGUCUCGACGCAGCUUUGUGAACAUCCUGUCUCGUUUCACACCCAGGCACAAGAACUUUGGCUUUAAUCGCAGACAAGAUGAGCUUCAAACCAUCACGUUUGAGCUCCUGGGUGACUUCAAGUCAUUUUAACCCUAUUCUGAGUGAGCAGAAUAUGUCCAUUUUUGGACGUUGAAGAAGACUGAUUCAGAGACAAUGUCACUCUUGGUUUCUUAUAAAAUACCAAUAAAGGAAAAUAAAAA